AUGACUGAAUUCUUCUCACAGAAGCAAAUUGAUGAAAUCCGUGAAUGUUUCAAUUUCUAUGCAACCGGAGGUGUUCUAAAAACUUCGUCCCAGUUGAGAUGUGCUCUUCGUAGCCUCGGAUACUCACCAACUGCUGCAAAGACACAGGAGUACUACAAAAAACAGAACAAAAAACCAAUCGAAUUCGCUAAUUUCCUUGACAUUUGUAAAGACGAGCAGAACAGUACGGACCCACUAACAGAGAUUAUCAAAGCGUUGAGUGGAUUGGAUAGAAACAAGACCCGUGCGAUGCCAUCUCGUGAGCUUGCCGCUAUUCUGUCACAAGUUGGAGAACGAAUGAGUCCAGAAGAGAUUAAGUAUCUGCUUUCAAAAGUUGAAGUCAAUGGAAUGGUUCCACAUCAAGCACUCAUUGAAUAUAUUUCGCGAUGA